AAAUCUAAGAUAUCAAGUGUAGUCGCGAAAGAGGUGGGCAAACUAACUAAUUGAUGGAGUUCGAAUAAUUCCUUGCGGUCGAUAGAAACGGACCAGGCCUGUCAUCUGAACUGAAAUCUGCAAAGGAAUCAUGCAAUAUCAGUACCCGGUAACUUCGGCCAUGAACGUUCCUUUAUAUGCUCCGACGCCAAUUCAGCAUGUCCACCCAACUCCCUUCUACAUCGAAGAUAUACUUGGAAGGAAUGGAACUCCAGCCUCUACAACCGUUAUCUCAGCGCCGACUCUACCCUCACCAAAUUCGUCAUUCACAAGUUUGAUAUCACCUUACAGGAGUUCAAUCUGCGAGCCGACGCCAAUCCACCCCGCUAUGUCGCACCACUCAGCUCUUGCGACUCCGUACUCAACAGGGGCUUUCUCGUCCUCAGUCUACCCUUUCAACCGGUCACUGGGAGAAUACGCGCAUGCACUCAUCAGACACGACAGUCUUGGCAAACCACUGUUGUGGACUCCAUUCAUUCAGCGUCCCCUGCACAAAAGGAAAGGCGGACAAGUCCGAUUUUCCAAUGACCAGACAAUUGAACUAGAAAAAAAGUUCGAAACACAGAAGUAUCUGUCUCCACCAGAGAGGAAACGACUGGCCAAAAUGCUGCAAUUGAGUGAACGACAGGUGAAAACCUGGUUCCAGAAUCGCAGGGCGAAAUGGCGACGUCUGAAACAGGAGAACCCACAGUGCCCCAAACAAGACAUCGAAGACGAAAAUCCCGAAAGACAUUUUGACGUGGAAGUCCGUUCAGAUCAACACAACCCACCACAGGUUCCACACAGCCACGUUCAGUGCUCUUCCACGUCACUCUUGAGGGAAGACAAUGAGUCAGGCAUCUCAGAGAAUUCGGACCAAGAACUGGACGUUGAGGACGAAUUUCCCUCAACCUUGCAAAAAUAAAUCAUUGACAUUUUCUGUCUGAAGAACAUUCGUUGUAAAUAUUGAAUAUGUAUCAUAUUUCAUGUUUAUUGUCGAUGCGUGAAUUAAUAAAGAUGUGCUAUAGUGUAGCUUAUACACCAAGUUGUUAAAAAGAAA